CUCCACUAGCCGCCGUCGCCGAGCGAGCGAUCGAGCAGGUGGGGUGGGAUAUCGCACAAGAAACCACCGAUCAGAAGGAGGUGGCCAUGUCCGGCGACCACCACAAGAGGCAGCCGGCGCCGGCCGUGGCGACCACCGGCUGCUCCGGCCUCAUGUCCUGCCUCUCCCUCCACCGCCGCGCGCCGCCGCCGCCGCCUGUUGCGCGCGGCAACGUCGGCGGCGUGGUGCCGCUGCGGCCGGGACAGGAUGAUGCGGCGGCGAAGGCGACGGCGGUAACUGCUCGUGCGUCAGCGGAGCAGUACCGGAGGAGGGUGCAGCUCCUGGAGGAGGAGGUCAGGAGGCUCGGGAAGCGUCUGGCCGCCGACGCCGAUCACGGCGGCGGCGACAGCGUUAGUGGCGCCGCCGGUGCGGACACCAUAGAUCAGGUGAGCAGCCGCGGCAGCGCCACGGGCAACAGGUGCUUCAGCGGUGGCGUGCAGGAAAUGGUGAGGCUGGAGGACGGUGGCUACCUGCACGAGAUCAAUCGGGUGGUGGGCACGCCGUGGGCGCGCCGGCGGCUGGCGCUGCAGGUGUCUCAGCCCGUCGUCGCCGAGAACGCCGCCACCGCGUCGGAGGUUCUUGACAAGAUGACAGAGACGAGCGCAGAGGACAUGUGCAGGUUCCUGGCGAAGACGAUGCCAAUCAAGGACAUCGCCAGCCGGAAGCACACCGGCGACGUCGUCCGCAGGUCGGCGAGGCUGAACUCCGGCGACGACUUCUUGGAGGCUCUACUGUUCAAGGCAAUGGACAAGAUGGAAGUGCUGGUCCAGCAAGGCCUGAAGAUUCAGAUGACAUGGACGGCUGACUCUGCUGCAUCAACAUCCACCGGCGACGGCGACCGGAGCCCGCAGGCGACGGCAGCCACCAAGGAUUGCAUGGUCUGCGUGGUCGUGAUCCAGGUGAGGGACCCAACGGAAGGGUACGCCGCCAUUGGCGACCCCAUGAUCGGGCUAAUGGAGGCCACCCUGGAGAAGAGAGAUGGCAAGGUGAAGCUGGAGAUGCAGGGGAUGCACGUUGCAGGCAUCCUCCUCGUCGGUGCAAGCAGGAAGAGGACAGGUAAUGGCAGAGCCAUGAUUUGGAGCACCUUCUUGAGACAGUGCGUGGGGUCUCCUAAUGGCGGCGGCGGUGGCUGCCGGUGCAGCUAUGUUCGGAAUCCUGAUCGUGUUUUCCGUCGGUAGAUUAGAUUAGAUAUUUUGGAUGGUGGAGCCCAGAGUGAUCAAUUGAUGCAAAACAUUCCUCAUGUGUCUAAUAAUGUUAAUUAGCACUGUGUUGUUCUUAGAAGCAGAAGAGAUAUAUAAUAAAUCUAAUAAAGUUUGUGAACGUCAUACAUUUUAUUUUUUUGACGUUAAUGGUCUGUAUGCAGUCUGAUUUUUGUUGCCACGUGCUUAAGGGUGAGUUGGACAGUAAAG